AUGGCUGCCGCUCGAGGCAUGCUGGACAAGAUCCAUGCCGAUCUACCCAUAGAUCUUCACGACAGCAAUGCCUACACUGUGGGCAGCAUCGGGCUUCAUAACAUCGUGAUUGCCUGCUUGGGAGAAUAUGGCACCAAUAAUGCAGCCCAUGUGGCAGCAAACAUGAAUAGAAGUUUCCCGUUGAUCAAAGUCCGGCUUAUGGUAGGUAUUGGAGGAGGUGCGCCUUCAGACGAAUUUGAUAUACGGCUCGGAGAUAUUGUCGUUGGUCGGAGAAUCAUGCAGUAUGAUCUAGGAAAGAUUACUAGUAGCGAACCUAGUAGCUCCUAG